UGAGCCCAUGCCUACUAUUGGAUCGAUGUGCACAAUACAUUGCUUGCCUGCCACACAAUCUUUUUGCAUUCAUCUCAUACACAAAAACAAGAACAACAUAAUCAGUACCACUAAUAUUCAUUGCAGUGAGGAGAUUUAUUUUGGUCUCAUCACUGGAGCCAUUACCCAAUUAUAGAAGAAAAAAUCACUAUGUCAAUCAUAUAGCAUAUAAGAUAUUUCAUCAUCUUCACUGGUAUCCACUCAUUUAAUCGCAGCAUCUCUUUUUCAUGGAUAGUACAAUCACUAUUUUCAGUUCUUUCCUUCCAUAACUUAAUAUAACUCUCCCUAUCCUCAUAAGGCUCAAGCUGAUCAGUUUAGCUCUGCCUUAAAUCUUGUAUUUGAAAGUAUCUCCUAGCUGUCUAAAUUGGAGAGGACAAGAGAUCUCUGUAUUGAAAUAUGCAGAAAGCUUGGCUUUACGAGGAGAAUGGUCCCAAGGAAGUCCUCAAGCUGGGAGACUUCCCUAUUCCAACUCCCCUGCAUAACCAACUUCUUGUCCAAGUUCGAGCUGCUGCUUUGAAUCCUAUCGAUUCCAAAAGGCGGCAGAGACCAAUCUUUUCUUCUGACUUUCCAGUGGUCCCUGGCUGUGACAUGGCUGGUGUGGUGCUAGGAAAAGGCAGCAGUGUUACGAAAUUUGAUGUAGGUGAUGAGAUUUAUGGGAAUAUCCAAGAUUUUAAUGCAGAAGAAAAUUUAAAGCAGCUUGGAACUCUGGCAGAGUUAAUAGUUGUGGAAGAGAGUUUGAUUGCAAGAAAACCGAAAAACCUUUCAUUUGAGGAAGCUGCCAGCUUGCCUUUAGCAGUUCAGACUGCGAUAGAAGGUUUCAAAACUGCAGGUUUUAAAGAGGGGCAAUCGAUUUUUGUAGUAGGUGGAGCAGGUGGUGUUGGAACUUUGGUUGUUCAACUAGCCAAGCACUUGUAUGGAGCUUCUUAUGUUGUGGCUACAACUAGUACCCCAAAGGUGGAAUUUGUUAAAAAGUUGGGUGCUGAUAAAGUUGUAGACUACACAAAGACUAGAUAUGAAGACAUCAACGAGAAAUAUGAUUUCGUCUAUGAUACAAUUGGUGACAGCAAGAAUUCUUCUUUAGUAGCUAAGGAUGACGCGCCAAUUGUUGACAUAACAUGGCCUUUGACUAAUCCAAGAGCUGUUUAUUCGAGCUUGACAGUUUCUGGUGAAAACUUAGAGAAGCUUAGGCCAUAUUUGGAGAGUGGAAAGCUUAAGGCUGUGAUUGAUCCAACUGGCCCUUAUGAUUUUGGAGAUGUAAUUGAAGCUUUUCGGUAUUUGGAAACUGGAAGAGCAAGAGGAAAAGUUGUCAUCUCUCCCUUCCCUUCACAGCAUCUUCCCUCCUCUAUUCCAUCUGAGAGCAAGAACAAUGUAACAUCUGAAAUGGAUCUUAAGAAAAUUUAUGUUUCCUGAGUUGUGCGCCUGAUAGUUCUGAGUAAUAUAUAUGAAUUUACAAGGGCAGGUUUAGCUUGUCAUACCAUGUUCUAAACAAACUAUUCUACCUCUGUAUACUUCAGAUGUUCUGAUGUGAUAAAUAAAAAGGUUCCAUUUCUCAC